GGUGGCAUCGUCAAGAUGACGCUUCUAAACCACUUCGUGUUCAUUGCACAGGCAGGGAAACAAUAUCCUUGUUGCCUCCGCAGUAACAAUAUUUGUCUCUUCCUGCUACCGUGCCCACGGAGCUGUUUGAGUGUGCUGUGUGAAUUUGGAAUGUUGCCGAAAAACCUACUUUUGUUUUGUGGUGAUGUAGAAGUAAAUCCCGGGCCUACUCUAGAAACAAUAUUGCAAAAACUAGAUAUCAUCUCCGCUGACGUCAGGGAAGUCAAAUUGAGCCAAGCGGAAACAAAACCCAGACUAGAGACCAUAGAGUUGCAAAUUAAAAGCCUUGAAGGUCUGAGGUCAGCUGUGAACCAAAACCAAGACAGGACAAAACAACUCGAAUCUACUGUUGCAUCACUCGUGUAUAAGAUUGAUGACUUGGAAAAUCGCAGUAGAAGAAAUAAUCUAAUUAUUUUCGGUCUUUCUGAGCUGCCAAACAAAGACAGCAGAAAACUCGAAGAGCGAGUAACAAAGGAGGUCCUUGAGGACAAACUGUCCGUAAAAACCAAUGGAAUUGAACACAUACAUCGGCUGGGAAAACCGACUGAAGGUAAAACUCGUCCAGUGAUUCUCAAACUACUUGACUUCAGAGACAAGAUGAAAAUUCUACGUAACUGUAAUAGGUUAAAGAAUGAGCCAUUAACAAUCAGCGAGGACUACUCGAAACGAGUUCAGGGAAUCAGAAAAAAACUGCUCGAAAGCUCGAAAUCGAAUAAGCUUGCCGGUGAAAAGGUCACUUUGAUGUACGACAAAGUUAAAAUAAACGGAAAAGUGUAUACUUGGGACGACGUCAAAAACGACAAGAGUUUGAUAGCUGAUGUUGCACAGGCUUCAAGUCCAUGA